AAGAGUUUGUUCCUGAAAGCCUGCAGCCCUGCUCUCCAGGCAGCCAGGGGCUAUGCCAGACCUGUGACAAGGAGGAGGAAAGACAUCCCCAGCCAGCUGGAUGACCUCCCUCCCACCAUGCUGAAGAAGGAUUAUGCCAAUCUCCCAGUAAUGAACAGCGUGGAUGAUGUAGUGAGAAGGAUGUUGUCCCUGGAAAUGGCAAGUCAGAAGGAGAAGAUGAAAAUCAAGACGCAGCAGCUGGUGGAGAAGGUCAGGAGGUCUCCCAGCGACAACGGCUCCUUUGAGGUGCAAGUUGCAAUUCUGACUGCCAGGAUCCGCAUGUUCGAGGAGCACCUCCAGAGGCACCCCAAGGACAAGAACAACAAGCGGCGGAUGCUGAUGGACGUGGACAGGCGGAGGAAGCUGCUGGGGUACCUGCGGCGGGUGCGCUACGACACCUUCGAGAACACCUGCAAGCAGCUGGACAUCCAGUACAGCCUCCCCCCGCCCUACACACGGCGCGUCACCAAGCGCUGGCUGGUGAAGAAGGCCUUCUGCAUCAAGGUAUGGAGCAGGGCAGCUGGGCUGGGAGAGCACCGCUGCAGAGGAGGGCACAGCUGGGACAGAAAGGGCUGA